UGUGAUUUUGAUGAGUUUUUAGGUCCGAAGACUAUUGAUUCUCAAAUGAGGAAUCUUAUUUCGAAGUCAAGUCAUAUCAAUCCUGCUUCAGAUUGAUCGGAUUCAAUGGAAAUCCAAGAAGGAUCAUCGUCAAGUUUUAGUAAUGAGCCUUGGAUUGGGCCAAGAUGAUGAGCAGAGACAGUCUUCAUUCAAGAAGAUGAAGUUGAAUGAAAAUAGAAGAGAUAGUUAUACUCCCAGACUUGAGUGGGAUAAUAAAAUGGACAAAUAUCUUUGAACCCUAGCAGCAAGAGAAGAUAUCCAAUAUAAUUGGGUAAAGAUCGCAAAAUUAAUGACAGAAAAAUUUGAAGAUUCUCUUACUAAAUAUGCUAAAAUUAUUACAAAUUAUCAGUGCUCCAAAAGAUAUAAAUUUUUGAUCAAUAAAGGAAAGGUAAAAGGUUUUAAAGGAAAAAUCCCCCAUAAGCCAAAAGGGCACUCUAGGAAACGAAGCCAGACUAUCCAGGCGACAGACCAAACUACAAUGGUAACUACGAUGGUAACAAAUAACAUGGGCGACGUGGAGGAAGAAGCUUCGGUUCGAAACCAGUUAAAAUACUUGGCAGAUGCCUUCGGAGACUCAACAUCAAGCAAAGCUAAAUAUAAACAUAUCGUGAAUGGCUCACAAUCGAGUCAAAGUAAUGAAAUAUCAAGAAUGUUUAAAAAUGGUCCCUCUUCAGAGAAUUCUCACCAGAAUCCUUAAAUUUCGUAUCAAGAAGAUGAUGAACAGAUCCAGAUUGAAUCUUAAUGAAGCCAAAUCUGAGAUUGUCGUCAUCUUUUGUGGAAAUGGUAUGAAUAGAAGCUUAUUCAGCUCAGAAGAAGCUAUUAGCAGGCUUCUUUGACGAGGGUUAGGGCUGAGUUAAGCAUUGA